CGACGGCGAGCGUGACAAGGUCGUUAUCAAUUGGGCAAUUUGUCACGUGACUUGGACCACUGACAAAAAUCGUAUGUGGCUUUAUCAUUUUGAACGUAUAUACGCAUAGAGAGGUCCAGAAGUAGGGCACACAUGUGAGUGGUGGCAGCAAACGUAUUCUUCGCUAACAAGGAAAAUAGAUUUCCAAGAUGGUUUUCUGUUGCCAAGCGAUGAAAGGAGAAAUAAUUAACUGCUCUACUCACAAGGACAUUUACUUUUUGGAGACCAACACGAAAAAUGAGACUGCAGAUUUCGCGAAUUUGUUCGCAUCGCCGGCCGGACGGGAGAUGUUCAAGUACAAGCCGAGACCGAAACACAAACAGAAACUGAACCCCGCCUUGGACUUCUUGAUACAAAACCAAGGGAGCGGCGGCAACACAUCCGAUAAACGUCAAAAGCCCAGUUGCCAAUCCGAUGAGAAAUGCAUAGCAACGAGCUCGUCCAGCUCCACAACUCCAUCAACAGUAGAAGAAGGCGUAGGUAGUAGAAGUCGACGAAAUAGUAUAGACCUCUACGAAGAAGCGGCAUCGAUAUUGGGAUUAACCUGCCAACAGACCGACGACUGCAAAUGCUUGGAGUGCCAGUGUCACUACUUCGACUUCGAAGAAGACAUUGAUUUCCCAACGGGCGGCGAUUACGUCAUGGAUCACAGCUCGUCUUGCUGCAUACAAUAACGAACACAACAAGUUUAAAGGCUGAUUUAUUACGCUCGUGUAUUACAAUACCCGCCCUACCUUUUUGUAAAAAGACAUUCCUCCUUUACACACCCCCCCAAAACAAACAAACAAACAAAAAAAAUAUAUAUAAAACAACACAAAAGCGUGAUGUAAAUUUAGACGUUUUGUCUCUUUCAUACUGUUACUCUCACAUCAUGUCACACUGAAAAACCAAACGGCAUAUAAAUUAUUACUAUCGCGGGAUUUACGUCGCUUGCUGACUGAAUUCGAUAUUCUAAUAUUGCUGACGGUUUGCGGCCUGCACAUGCCGUAUUAACGUGACCAGAUUCUGACCACAGCAUCAUUUGUCCAUUCGAACGCUCCGGGCCAAUUUGCAAUUAGCGAAUCAUCGGAUUUACGUCUACAUGUUAUUUAAAUUUCAUUACUUACAUGCCAACACUCUAACUAAUCCCCGUCAGCCAUUUAAUCUUGCUUAUUGAAGUAAACUUUCUUUAUCUGCAACGAGCUUGAAAUAAAUAAGAAAGAAAAAAAGUUAUAUGUAAAUCUUUUGGAUUGCACUACAUAGAAAUAGUUUUCAACUCAUUGAAUCGUCGCUUUUAUACUACAAAAUCGAUAGGAAACAAUUUUGGAAAUGUAUAUGGAGACGACUGGAGGAUUAAAGGUCGUUGGUUUUUCAAAUCUGACUUUCGCUGUAAAUACUGUAUUUAUCAUUGACUGUUUCUAAAAAAAAUACACAUAUAUAUGGUCGUGGGUACUGAUACCGACUUUCACAGACUGUUUACAUUGUAAAACUAUUACAGAAAAUGUGAAAAAAAUUAAAUCUGUAACGUGGAUGGUAAUUUUGUUGUUGGAGUUCUGAACGAGUUUAAGAAGCCCGUGAUACUUACGUAGUUCUUUGAUGAUAUUGGCUUGACAUUGUAUAAAGUUGAAAAAUUGCUCAAAUACCUUUAGACUACCUACUAUAGGAGUAGAAAAUUUUGUAUUAAUUGCUUCAAUGGUGGUUUUUAAAAUGAUAUUAAUGUUUGUCAGUAGUUAAAACGAGAACUCUUGCAACACUAUUUAUCCACUAACCAUCUGUAAAUAUUGUCUAUAUUGAGGUAGUCCAAAUCAGGUACAAAUUAAACCUUCCACAAAAGAAAAAUUGGUCUAAAAGGAAAAAUUUUGUAUCUGUUUUGGGCCUACUGUAUUCUAAAAUGUUUGUGUUAUAGACUAAAGUUAAUCAGCUACCUUUUCAUAGUGUUGUUCUAUUUUUGUACAUAUUUUUAACUCACAUUCUUCAUUGAGACUUCAAAUGUUACUUAAACAUUCAUUACUUUAACAUAAAAUUAUCGUUAAAAUAGACUAUUAUUGUAUUAUGAACUGAUUAUAGUCUAUAAGUGUUAUACGUAUUUUUUGCUAGGUAUGUGCAAGCACUACAAAAAUAUUACGGUCACCUUUAUGAAUAUUACAUGUAUUCACUCAUUGUAUAUAAUAUUGUAAAAAUCAAAUUUUAAUCAU